AUGUCUAACAAUAGAGUAAACUUUCCUAUGUACAAUAACCUUCCAUAUUCUCAAGCAGUUCAACAGCAAUCUUUAUAUGGUCCAAGAUUUCCUAAUAGUCUUUCACAAUCACGAAUGCCUCAAUAUAGGAAUUAUCCAAUGUAUUCUUCAAUACAAACUCAACAGCCAUAUACUGGCUAUAAUCAUUACAAUCAAUCAGCUAUUGAAACAUUAGCUGCUUUCACUCCUCCACCUGAACCAUUAAUAGCUAAUUAUCAUCCAUCAAAUUUAUCUCAACAAAAUGUUAAUCAUUGUUCAGAAAAUAAUAUCUCUAAGACUACAAAUUCAACACGUACGUAUUAUUGUGAAACAUGUCGUAUAGCAUGUGGUGAUCAUGCUUCAUAUCAAGCACAUUUAAAUGGUUCAAAACAUAAGAAAAAAGAAACUAGUUCUCUAAAUCAACAAACAAAUCAGAAUGUAUUUCGAUGUGAUUUAUGUGAUAUAACUUGUACAAGUUCUGAUGCUUAUAAAGCACAUUUAGAUGGAAGUAAACAUAAUAAAACUGUAAAAUUACAUCGUAAAUUAGGUAAAAUUAUUCCACAGACGGUUAAUCAACCAUUAAUUCCUAUUAAUGAAUCACAAACAGUAACAACUAAUGAAGAGAAACAAUUAAAUGAAUAUAGUAUGAAAUUAUUAGGUUCAGAAUAUAUUGAAAUAUCAUAUGAUGAUGCAAAUAUACCAAUAUCUUAUUAUUGUAAAUUGUGUAAUUGUAAAUUUCAUGAUUCGAAUACAAAAGAUGCACAUUUAAAAGGAAAACGUCAUCGACUUUUUUAUAAAAAAAAAGUUAAUUCGAUUUUUCAAGUUGAUGAUAAUAAAUCAUCAAGCCAAAAACAACAUGUGAAUGAAACAAACGAAAAUACGAAUGAUUGGCAAAUAAUUAAUAACACUAAUAAUCUAAUAGAUAUUGAUAAUGAUACGAAAUGUUUGAUGAAAUUACAUGAACGAAUAAUACCAACAAGAAAUCUACUCGAUACAAUCGAACAAUUUGUUAGUGCUGUUGAAACAGCUCUUAAAUCUUGUUCUCAUCAACUGUGUUCUUCACAACCGUCGACAAUCGAUAAUACCUCUGAAACAUCAAUUACUAAAUCUCCAUUAUUGGGUGUAUCUCGUAUUGGUGGACUCGUGAAAAAUUUAUUGAUAAAAACUGAUCACUUGUUUCACAUCGUUGUUAUUUGUACAGAAUGGCCAACUUUGAAUCUCUUUGAAAAAAUUUUUUCUAUAUUACCUGAUAAUUUUCAUGAAACAUGGAAAAAUCAAAUUAAUAUUCAAUGUCAAAAAGAUGACGAAACUAUUCAAGUACAUACAAAUACUAUUGAAGGAGAAAUGUCCGUUUCAAUUUCAUUUACAUCAUUAUCUAUUCAACAACAAGAUGGUCAAAUCUCGGAACAACUUUUAACAAAAACAAAUUGUUUAAACACUUUAUAUGCAAUGCAUUCAGUUCAAUGGUUUCAAAAUCAUAUUAGUACACGAAAACAUGCAUCAGCAUUAAUCCGAUGUUUACGUUAUAAAACAAAAAUUUCAUCAAAUUGGCAAUCAUUAUCAUCUGAAGCUAUUGAAAUUCUCAUUGAACAUACUUUAUCAAAAUCUGUAUCAGCUGUUGGUGCAUUUCGACGUGUUCUUGAAUAUCUUUCUGGUGAUGGACCGGGUUUGCGGAUACCUUGGAGAAUUGAUUCGAUAAAUAAUAUUUUUGAUAAGUUGAGUGAUCAAGAACGAAAUGAUAUAACUCAUGAAGCUCAAAUUGGUUUACGUUUUAUGGCAUUUGGACAAUUAAAUAAAUGGCUUAAACAAUAUGAUAUACCAAAAAUGAUGAAAUCAUUUCAAAAACGUUCAUAUUCUGAUGAUGAAGAUCAAGUUGCAGCUAAACGACCAUGUUUGGAAUCAGAAAAUAUCGAAGAACAAUAG